CCGCAUUCCGGCCUGCCUCCUCCAUCCUCACCCUCGCCGCCAUCCAUCAUCGCCACCUGUGUCUUGUUCGCACGACUCAUCAUCACACAAAACACCUCACAUCAGUCGCCGCCUCGCAUCCUCCCCCUCCCUCUACAUCAUCCUCCGUAAUCCAUCCCCGCCAUGUCGCAGCCCAACCACCCCCUCCUCGCACCAUUGUAUCCCGCGGGCAGCGAGCCCUUCCCACCCGGAACAAGCGAGGAGGACAAGGAGGGAUAUCGCCAGAUGCAGAAGUGGUCCAAGAUGGCCGGCGACUUUAUGCACUUCUGCCCCGUCAAGGUCGGGAUGGCUGGUGGCAUGGGCUUCGCACUGGGUGGUUUCGUCUCCCUCAUGGGCGCAACGUUCGCCCUGGAUGAUCCUCUCUCUCGCGCAAACCAGCAGCUCACUGCCGGCGGUAAGACGAUGGCCGUUGUCAAGGACAUGGGGCGCAACAUGUGGUCUCAAGGACGAGGAUUCGCCAAGGUCGGCGCGCUGUAUUCCGGCUAUGAGUGUGUGAUUGAAGGGUACCGGGCCAAGAACGACCACUGGAACGGUAUCGCGGGAGGGUUCUGUGCGGGUGCGACGCUCGCGCGCAACUCGGGGCCGUGGGGGUGCCUGCUGGGUGGGAUGGGCUUUGCGGCGUUCUCAGCCGUCAUUGACUUGUGGAUCCGGAGGACGCCAUCCGAGGAGCCUUAGACCAGCCUUGUAGACUGCCACGCCCACCACGCCCUGCGAUUGCUUGCCGCUCGCUGCUAGACCCGCAUAGAAUGUUGUACAUGCACACCUCAUUGCUCUGCUGCGGGGGAGAUGGUAAGAGCUAUGACCUCGAGCUCUCAGACAGGGCUCCACAUGUCAGCGUGAC